AUGUCUGAUAAAGGAUACUAUCCACCUCCACCCCAACAGCCCCAAGGUUACUAUCCACCUCCACCUCAACAAUCAGGUUAUUACCAACCUACGCCACCUCCCCAAGUUGUCGUCCAACAACCGCCUCCUGAACAAAAGAAAGACAAUUCCCUAUGUUUAGGGUGCGCACUUGGCAUCCCACUAGAACACUUGCAUAAAAUUUUUAAAGAGGCCCACGGAAUAUUCAUGAAUCUUUACAACGAUCGCGAUAAAGGAUACUCGGGCAAUAAAAUUAUUGCGCGCGUUAACGAUGAUACUAUCGAACUCGUAAAACGGUCAACUCGAUGUUUAUUAUUAAUUAAUCCAGACUUCUAUACAGCUAUCAACGCAAGGAAAAAAUUAAUUUUAAAUGAUCUCCUUGAUCCUGUCGAUGAAUUGAAAUUUAUAAAUCUCAUUUUCACGUUUCCGAAACACACAAAAUAUUCUACUAUUUGGCAUCACCGGAAAUGGGUCAUCUCGAAUAUUUUAUCACGUCAUCGAUCUGAUAAUCAUUUUGAUAUGGAAUUACUCCGACUUGAAAUUCCUAUAACUCGUCGCGUUGCUGAAUUAUAUCCUAAAAAUUAUUACACUUGGACCCAUAGGCAUUGGAUCAUCUCUCUUUUACCAAAUUAUUCUUCUGAUUCACUCUCGUUUUUAGAUAAUGAAUUAUUGAAUAUGGAAAAAUGGGUUCGAACAAACAUUUCUGAUCACUCAGGGUUUCAUCAUCGACAAAUAUGUUUGAUAAAGAAAUCUCAAUUCUAUGAUUCCACAAUUAUUAAUUUUCUUGGAAUUUCUAGAGAUAACUUGUUGAGUCAAAUCAUUGUUUCGGAAAAUUUGUCUUCUACUCAAGAGGAUCAUAUUGUCCUUCUAUGGUUCAAUGAAAUACGUUUCACCAGAGAUCUUAUUCUAAAAUAUCCUGGACAUGAAACGUUAUGGUAUCACUUAAGGUUUCUGUCCGUCACUUGGAAAUGGUUAAGUUCAUUGGGUCAUAUUCAUCCAAUUGAUUCUAAAAGCAUUGAACCUUAUGGUGAUGAUGGAAACAUUAUAUUGAAUUUGUGGCCAAAUUAUGAAAAUGAUUUGGAAUUUGCUCGUUACUGUACUCUUACGAAUUCUGAUAUUGACGGUGAACAUGUGACUCUUCAAAACCGAUAUGCCAUUGCCUAUGAAUUAUGGGUUUCAGAAUUGCAUGAUGUAUCAAAAGACAAUCUCGACCCUCUAAUUUCAAAACUUGCUGAGAUAGCUCCUGAAUCUAAUUACUUUUUGU